CGGUACAUGAUGCAUGCAUAUGCAUGAGACCAAUCACCAUAUGUAUAUAAGACCUAUAGCUAGUAUAUAUACAUGUGCAUGACAUAUACAUGCAAUCUUGAUGAUGCAUACUUCUGCACUUCUGUUAAUCACUGUACAAGCUUCGCACAUUUCGUGUACAAGCUUUACAUUUCGCCCAUAUCUGCUAUGGCUUGCAUACAUGCUACGAUCCUCAUGCAUACCUCCGCACUUCUGUUAGUUACUUUACAAGCUUCGUACCCUUCCGGUACAAGUUUUACAUCUUACACGUGUCUGUUACUACUUGCAUAUGUGCUACAAUCUCAUACAACCAUCUACCAGGGUUUGUAAGCCAUAAAAGGCAGUAACCAGCCAUACACGCGAAGUUACUGUUCUUUUGUUGAUGGAGCUUAUGUGAGCGUAGAUGGCCAAAUAUAAAAUUCAAAUUCAACUUGAUACUGC